AUGGCAGGUGUCGUGACAACAACUCCGACGAAAAUUGAACAUAAUGGCCAACUUCACGGGCCAUCGCCACCUCCAAACUUUGUACGACAAAAACCGGCGGAAGAUAUUUUUGUACCACCAAAAAAUAAUUCCAAAGACGAGACGUUUGUCCCAUUGCCAGCUCCAUCACCAGCAGUGGAAAUAAAACAAGAAUCUUCAGAAAAGAAACGAGACUCUGGAACAACAACAAAACGCGAACGUCAAAGCUCUCGCUCGAGAAUGCGCUCAGGUUCACGGAGUCGUCGACGCACAGUCUCAAGAAGUCGGUCUCCCAAAAAACCAGGGCGUUCUUCACGACGUCAUAAGCGUCGUUCUCAUUCAAGGACCUCCUCAAGUAGAAGUCACUCGAAAAGCAGAGAUAGGCGUCGAAGAUCUCGAAGUCGUGGAGAUAAAAGUACCGCUGUUAGGAGUCGUUAUAGUCGAGAACGUAGUACUAGUCCUAGUCGUGGUAGAAGAAGAAGCAGAAGAGAUAUCAGAGAUGAGCCUGAACCAAGCCGCGUAUUGGGAGUCUUUAAUCUGAGUCUUCGAACUGAAGAGCGUGACUUAAAACACAUUUUCGAACAAUAUGGAAAGGUUAAUGAAGUUAUAAUUGUUUAUGACCACCGGACUGAACGCUCUCGUGGAUUUGGCUUUGUCUACAUGGAUUCUAUUCACGAUGCUUAUAAUGCAAAAGAUAAAACAAACGGAAUGGAACUUAAUGGCAAGAAUAUGCGUGUCGAUUUUUCUUUAACGCGCAAGGCUCACACUCCAACUCCAGGGGGUCAUAUGUCUCUCGCCGCGGUACAACGUACCGGCGAUCACCUUCCUAUUCACCGCCGCGCUACCGCUCUAGAAGAAUUCGUUCACGCACCCGUAGUCGUAGUUGGUCAAGGGAUAGAGGACGAUCUCGAAGUCGUAGUUACUCAAGAAGAAGAUCGCCUAGUCGAUCCAGACGAUCUCGAAGCUAUCUUGAAAUUGCAAGAAGGAAGAAAUCAAUCAAUCAUUCAAACUGCAUUGGGUUGGUGGUUUUCUCGAAAAAAGAAGAAUUACCCUGGACAAGCUCAAAAUAAUUUGCGAAGUAUUCAUGUGGUAGAUAUUAAUUGGCUAGGUGAAGUGAACAUUUUUGCCCAUUUUUAUAAAUACUGA